AUGGAUUUAAGUCUUGCCAACCAGUAUAUCACAUCAUGGACACCCAAGUCCGUGCCCACCUCGACGUCGUUGAGCAGCAUCGACCCUACAGCAUUGCCUGCAUUAUUGCGGACUAUUUCUCAGGUAGCCCAAUCGGCAGCUACUGAAACCAAUAGCAUUUCCCUCUACUUUCUCUCCAAGAAGUACAGAGGAGCAGCUGCUUCCUUGACCAUAGUUGCUGGAGAGAAGUAUAUAGCGACAGCCACCAGAGCCACCGACUUGCCCGAAGUGACCGCGGCCAUGUUCAAUGCCACAUUAAACUUGAAACUGUUGGAAUGGCUGAGCAACUUGUACGCCAUGAACCUUAACGUGCCAGCCAAUGCACUCUUCACAGCCCUUUUCGGGAUCGCACUCAUUACCCAGAUUGUCUUGUCCUUCAAGUUAAAGGCCAAAUACUUUGGCUUCUGCAUGUCCUCUGCCACUCUCUUGGAAUUCAUAGGAUAUCUCGCCCGUACCUUGGCUGCACAGGAUACCACCAACCAGAGCAAGUAUCUAUGCCAGAUCAUUUGUCUCACUAUUGCACCAGCAUUUGUCAUGGCAGGAAUUUACUACCUUCUAGCCUUGCACAUUGUAGUGCACGGGCGGCGGUUUUCGGUUUUGGAGCCAGUGUGGUUCUCGUAUAUCUUCAUAUUCUGUGACACUACCAGUUUAUUCGUCCAAGGAAUAGGUGGUGCCUAUGCAGCUAUAAUGCUCAAGCAAUUCCGGCCAACGGCUGUGGGAACACAUGUUAUGGUAGGGGGAAUUGCUUUCCAGGUGUUGUCAAUGACAUUUUUCCUCUAUCUCAACUGUGACUUCAUAAAGAGGAACUACUUUGGAGAAGAUAGUGAUACUCCCUUCAGUUUCCUGGUCCUUUUCCGACUCUUGUUCAAUACCCAUACGGGAAGGGAAAUCAAGGAACUGAUGGACUAUCGAUACAAUUCAAAGUAUAAGCAUAUCCGUUCCAAAAGGUUGUUUCAAUAUUUUCCUUUAGUCAUGUUGUUGUCUUUGGUCUUUGUCUAUGUGCGGUGCAUUUACAGAGUAGUCGAGUUGUCCGAAGGCUGGAGAGGGUAUUUGAUUACGCAUGAGGCAUUUGUUCUUAGCCUUGAUGCAGCUAUGAUCUUUCUCGCUUGUGCACUCUUUAUUCCUUUUCAUCCUGGGCUCGUCUUUGGUAAUGACGAAUCCCUUUCUUUAAAAGCAAUCUUACACGAAAGGGACUUGGAUCAUGAAGACUGUGAAUCCAACAAGAUGAAGGCUGUCUCCAGAAAGAGGCACACUAAGAAGAAUAAGCGUUCAAGUAGAGGGUCGGACACCGAAUACGAGGAGUAUACGCAAACUCACUACGAAGUCAGUCUGGACAAUCCAUUCCUUGACAGCGCUGUUGAGUACCCACCAAUGGCUUUCAACCCCUACACAAAAGAAACCAUGCACGUAAAGAGCAUGAGUCAGUCUAGUUAUGAGGGCCUGAAUACAUCUACUUUGAAUGAGAGCGACGAAGAUUCGUUCUACUUUCACACUGCAUCACGAUAA